UAUUCUCUUGUACUAACACUUUAUUUUGUUACUAUACAAAGAGGUGAAUCUAAGCAGAAGCGUUCCACAUGGGUACCAACGGUUCCCAGCACUUCACAUCAUCUGGAUGCAGUACCAUGUUCUACACCUAUAAAUAGAAACAGAUUGGGUAAACCCAAAGUGAGAACCUUCCCUACAUGUUACGAUGACUCAGAUCCGUCACAGAAUCACGAGAAUGCCAACCAGCUUGAGAACCUUGUACCUAUCAGACUGGACAUGGAGUACGAGGGACAGAAACUCCGAGACUGUUUUACAUGGAAUAAAAAUGAAACCUUGAUCUCACCAGAAAUGUUUGCAGAGAUUUUAUGCGAUGACCUUGACCUAAAUCCUGUGAACUUUGUACCAGCAAUAGCACAGGUCAUCAGGUCACAACUAGAACAGUAUCAAAAUGAACAGCCAGAGCCUGUAGAAGAAACGCCAUUUGAUCAACGAGUCAUUUUAAAGUUGAAUAUUCAUGUUGGCAAUAUAUCACUGAUGGACCAGUUUGAAUGGGACAUAUCAGAGCCAGAGAACAGUCCUGAACAAUUUGCUACUAAACUUUGUGCAGAGUUAGGUUUAGGUGGAGAGUUUGUGACGGCCAUAGCUUACAGUAUCCGAGGACAAAUCAGCUGGCAUCAGAAAACAUAUGCAUUUAGUGAAACACCCCUGCCUCUUGUUGAAGUGGCCAUCAGAAACCAGAAUGAGUCCGACAACUGGUGCCCUUUCCUUGAGAUUCUUACAGAUCAAGAAAUGGAGAAGAAGAUACGAGAUCAAGACAGAAAUACCAGACGAAUGAGAAGAUUAGCAAAUACAGCACCUUCAUGGUGAACUUCAUGAUGGGAGGAGUCAUUGUUGUAGGGAGCAGUUCUUAGAUAUGUGGAAAAAAUACAGUAUCAACCAGCCUAUUCAUAUGGGAACCAUUAUUGGUUGUUGCAAAAAUAGUUCCUGAUUUUUACAAUAUUUACCUCCCUUGCCAAAAGUGGCAGCCAUUUUUGGGAGAUCAAUAUUCUCUAUAAUAUAAUUGGCAGAAUAUGAAAAAAUCAAUAUAAAAGCUGAUUUAGUCAAAUUGUCAAAUUCCUCUUUACAUAUGACGGAAAAUAUUAUUUUAGCACCAAUAUGUGAAAGCUUUUCAUCAGUUUUCAUAAAGAUGAAUAACAAGAGAUUUUUAUCUUAUGUGUGGCAUUAUGCAUAUAGACCCUCAAAAUGACGGCCAGGGGAGGUAAUAAUUGCUAUGUGAAAAGCAUAUAUAUUAUGAGAACAGUUACUUGGCUGGAAGGAACUGCAUUAUCAAUGUGUUCAAAUAUGUUUUAGUGACAAUAUGAAAUGAACUUGUUAUCAUUCAACAUGCAUUGUAUUCUGAUACAUUGGUACAGAAGCUGGUCUGAUGUACAUAAUAAAUACGAAGUCAUUGAAAGAAAGUUAUACCCGACUCAAAUGUUCAUUAUUAUUUCCAUAGAAAAGGUGUUUUUUUUGAAGAAUUUUAAAUUUACUACUAGAUUUUACUUUGAUACUAAAAUCAAGUAAGCAAUUUAAAAUAAUAAAAUAUUUUUUUCCAUGAGUUAACAAAUGACGGCAUACCAAAAUACUGAAAAUAACAAUGUUGUUUAAAGCUUUGUAUGUUUUUGUACUUUGUAGUAUUGUGUUUAUGUAACAUUGUAAUUAUGUCUGUGCAGAAAAAUAAAUGUCAAACACUG